GUCAUUGUUGUUACAUUUUCAUUCCGCCUUUCGCUUCGCCCAGCGGUUUAACCUUCUCAUCCCGAGAAAACGUACAGUGACGCAACAGGUAGCAGCUGAGGGGAACCGAGCCCACGUAGCGGUAUAGAAUUGCUGUUCUGAUCAACCAUCCAUCCCCAGACAGUUGAGAGAUUUGGUGGAGACGGCGCAGUUCGGUUCGAGCUUUCAAACACGGUUGACACUUGGGGUGGAUUCGCUUGUCGUCUUAGCGAGCUCUGUUUGGCUGCACAAACUUGACCGAAUUAGUGCAUUAUUAUUAUUGCUGCAAUCUAGUGAUCCGCGAUCCGGUAUUUCGCGGACACACGUGUCGUAGUCACCUACGCUGGACACAUCGCAGCCUACUCAGCAUGACUAAGGAGGUCAUCAUAACCGACCGUGAGCUGUACCCAAGUCAUCAGAUUCCAGACGAUUCUGACUUGGAUUAUCGGGAGCAGUUCCCGGAUAUUCGGCCUCUUCUGCAGCGACAGCUUCGUGGCAUCUGGACCCGAGAAAAUGCCCUCCGUCGGUUUCCGUUUCUGGUGUGGGGUCCGCAGUACAAUCUGAAGAAGUUUCUGUCAGAUGCCAUCGCUGGUAUAACGGUGGGGCUGACUUCAAUUCCGCAGAGCAUAGCCUACGCCGUGGUGGCAAACCUGGAACCUCAGUAUGGUUUGUACUCGAACUUUAUGGGAUCGUUCGUGUACGCGUUCUUUGGUAGCGUGAAAGAAAUCACUAUUGCUCCUACUGCCAUAAUGGCACUCAUGGUGCAACACAUUGUCCUAGAGCUGGGACCAGCCGGAGCGAUAUUGUCCUCGUUCCUGUCCGGAUGCAUAGCGCUGUUGUUAGGUUUGCUCAACUUUGGCUUCGUGGUUCAGUUCAUAUCGAUGCCGGUUAUUACGGGUUUCAUCACAGCGGCAGCACUCACAAUCAUGACCAGUCAGAUGAAGUCACUGAUGGGAAUUUCCAGUUCUGGGAAGUCUAGUGGGUUCAUCGAUUCUUGGAUAAAUGUGGUGGAGAACGCCGGGCAAACGAAGUUGUGGGACGCGUUGUUAGGAAUCAUUUCAUUGACAAUCUUAGUGUUCUUGACGCUCAUCAAAGGCCGAGGAUCUGGACGGUGGCGAACUGCCACAAAAUACCUCUGCCUUCUUCGUAAUGCCUUGAUCGUUAUCAGUGGUGGUACGAUUGCUUAUGCUUUCGCAUCUAAUGGCCAGUAUCCGUUCCGGCUAACGGGUGAGGUUGCUUCUGGAUUUCCUCCGGUUGAACCGCCUCCGUUCUCUACCACAUUCAACGGUGCAUUCUACGACUUUCCCCAUAUGCUACGAAUUCUUGGAUCGUCGAUAAUCACCAUUCCGUUGAUUUCGAUCCUGGAGGUGGUGUCUAUUGGAAAGGCCUUCUCCAAGGGAAACCCGGUAGACGCAACGCAGGAAAUGAUCGCGCUGGGAUUGUGUAACGUUGCCGGAUCGUUCACAGCGUCAAUCCCAACUACGGCUUCUUUCGCACGAACCGCCAUCAAUAGCAGUUCCGGCGUGAAGACUACAUUUGGUGGAGUUUUUACGGGACUGUUGGUCCUUGCGGCAUUAGGGCUGCUGACGGAGUACUUCUAUUUCAUACCGAAAGCCACACUGGCAGCGGUGAUCAUCGCUGCGAUGGUAUUCAUGAUUGAGUACCGCGCAGUUGCGGAGAUGUGGAGGAUCAAGCGGAUUGAUAUAAUCCCGUUCUUGGUAACGGUGAUCGCUUGCCUGUUCAUGGGUUUGGAGUACGGUAUCCUGAUCGGAAUCAGUGUCAAUUUGUGCUUCCUCUUGUACUUGAUAUCGAGACCGAGGAUCGAACAUCGAGUGGUAAAGACCAACCACACAAAUGUCUUAGUGCUGCGCCCGACGAAUGACCUAGCCUUCUCAUCAGCGGAAUACUUCCGGGAGAAGAUCCUCAACAUGGCCAGCAAACAGGAAGCAGAGUUGGUGGUAAUCGAUGGAGAGAUGAUUAAGUAUAUCGACUCGACGGUGGUGAAAAACAUAUCCAGUACGGUUGAUGAACUGAGGUUACAGGGCCGUCAGGUUCUGCUGUGGAGGUGGAACCGGGAGGUUCAGUGUUCCUUGUAUCGCUACAAGAAAGAUCAGUUCUUGCCCCUAUUCAGAUCCGAGGAGAAUGUGGAAGAGGUAAUCACGCGAUGGAAAGGGACCAACAUCAUUGAGGGUUGUGUGUGAGUUGGGAACAUUGUGAUAUUAGUUAAAUAAUACAUUCGGUAUUGCUAUAGGGAAUAAAUUAGACAAAUCUCGAAGGUAAUAAUCAAAUUAUAUUCAAGUAUUUAAAUACUCUUAUUAUGCGUCAAA